AUGAAUAAGGAGACUGAAUCGAUGUCUGGUCGCGGCAAGGGCGGGAAGGGCCUCGGCAAAGGCGGCGCCAAGCGCUACCGCAAGGUGCUGCGUGACAACAUCCAGGGCAUCACCAAGCCCGCCAUCCGCCACCUGGCCCGGCACGGCGGCGUCAAGCACAUCUCGGGGCUCAUCUACGAGGAGACCUGCGGCGUGCUCAAGGUCUUCCUGGAGAACGUCAUCUGCGACGCCGUCACCUACACGGAGCACGCCAAGCGCAAGACGGUCACGGCCAUGGACGUGGUCUAG